AUGCUCUGGGCGCUCUGGCCCAGGUGGCUGGCAAGCAAGGGGCUGCCCCUCCUGGGUGUGGUGCAGCUACAGAAGCGAGAGAAGAGGGGACCUCAGUGGAGGCAGUGGCGGCGGGAGACCCACCCCUACUAUGACCUCCAGGUGAAGGUGCUGAGAGCCAAAAAUAUCCAGGGCACAGACCUGCUGUCCAAACCUGACUGCUAUGUGCAACUGUGGCUGCCCUCAGCAUCCCCCAGCCCCGCCCGGACCAGGGUGGUGGCCAACCGCAGGGACCCCGAGUGGAACGAGACCUUCCACUACCGGAUCCAUGGUGCCGUGAAGAACGUUCUGGAGCUGACCCUCUAUGAUGAGGACACAGUCACGCAGGAUGACGCCUGGUUCAAGGUUCUCUAUGAUGUCUCUGAUCUCCUCCCUGGAAGGCUGCUCCGGAAGACCUUCUCCCUGCGUGCCCAGGGACCGGAGGAGCUGGACGUGGAGUUCCUGAUUGAGAAAAUGUCAGACCGCCCGGAAAACCUCAUCACCAACAACGUGCUUGUGGCCCGAGAGCUGUCGCGUCUGGAUGUCCAUGUCGUCAGCAUGGCUGUGGCUGCAGAUCAGGAUGAGCUGGAGCUGGUGCUGAAGGGCUCUUAUGAGGACACGCAGACAACUGCCCUGGGCACAGCCUCUGCCUUCUGCUUCCACUACAUGGCAGCCCAGGAGGCCGAGCUGAGUGGGUGCCUGAAGAGCUCUAUAAGCAGUGGCUGGAACUCAGGCAACACAGCUGGGCACCUCACAGUGCCCCUGAGGUCCUUGGCCAUGGGGAAGGAGGUGAACAUUGAUGUUCCUGCUACAAACGCCCCAGGAGUGAAGCUGCAGCUCAAGGCUGAGAGCUGCACCGAGGAGCUGGCCGUACAUCUGGGCUUUGAUCUGUGUGCGGAGGAAAGAGCCUUCCUGAGCAGGAGGAAGCAGGUGGUGGCCAAGGCCCUGAAGCAAGCCCUGCAGCUGGAUAGAGACCUGCAGGAAGAUGAGGUCCCUGUUGUAGGCAUCAUGGCCACAGGAGGAGGCGCCCGGGCCAUGACCUCUCUCUACGGCCACCUGUUGGCCCUGCAGAAGCUGGGCCUUCUGGACUGUGUGACCUACUUCAGUGGCAUCUCAGGCUCUACAUGGACAAUGGCCCAUCUGUAUGGGGACCCAGAGUGGUCGCAGAAGGACCUCAAGGGACCCAUCAGUCAUGUCCGGGAGCACCUGGCCAAGAGUAAGCUGGAGGCCUUCUCUCCUGAGCGCCUGGCGAGCUACCAGCGGGAGCUGGCACAGCGGGCUGAGCAGGGCCACACCACGACUUUCGUGGACCUGUGGGGUCUGGUGCUGGAGUUCAUGCUGCACGGUCAGGUGGUGGAUCAGAAGCUGUCAGGACAGAGAGCUGCGCUGGAGCGGGGCCAGAACCCUCUGCCUCUCUUCUUGAGCCUGAGUGUCAAACAGAAUGAUCUGCAGACACUGGACUUCAAGGAGUGGGUCGAGUUCUCCCCCUACGAGGUUGGGUUCCUGAAGUAUGGAGCCUUUGUCCCUCCUGAGCUCUUCGGCUCUGAGUUCUUCAUGGGGCGGCUAAUGAAGAGGCUCCCUGAGUCCCGGAUCUGCUUUCUGGAAGGUAUCUGGAGCAACAUUUUCUCCCUGAACUUGCUGGACGCCUGGUACGACUUCACCAGCUCUGGUGAUGCCUGGAGGCAGCACAUCCAGGACAAGAUCAGGGACCUGGAGGUGCCCCCUGCCUCCUCGGGGACCUCCUCAUGGCCAGAGACCUUGUGGAUGCAGCCUGGAACAGCACUGGCCCAGAUGUUUAAAGGCUUCUUGACCAGCCGACCACUCUAUCAGCACAGCUCCAACUUCCUCCGGGGCCUCCAGAUGCAUAAGGACUACUGUGCCCAGAAAGCCUUCACCACCUGGGCAGAAUGCCAGCCAGACUCCUCUCCCAACCAGCUGACCCCGCAGGAGCCUCAGCUCUGCCUGGUGGAUGCCGGCUACUUCAUCAACACCAGCUGUCCUGCCAUGUUCCGGCCAGGCCGCAGGCUGGACCUCAUAAUCUCCUUCGACUACUCUCUAUCCUCGCCCUUUGAGGUGCUGCAGCAGACGGAACUGGACUUCCGGGCCCGGGGGCUGCCGUUUCCCCGCGUGGAGCCCAGCCCCAAGGACCGACGCCAGCCCCGGGAGUGCCAUCUCUUCUCAGACCCCGCCUGCCCCAACGCGCCUGUCGUGCUUCACUUCCCACUGGUCAACGCCUCCUUCAAGGACCACUCAGCCCCCGGUGUCCAGCGUGGCCCCGCAGAACUCUCGGCCGGCCAGAUAGAUCUCACUGGAGUCUCCUCGCCCUAUUCCAUGUUCAACAUGACCUACAAGGAGGAAGACUUCGACCGCCUGGUGCAGCUCUGUGACUACAAUGUACGGAGCAGCCAGGACACCAUCCUGCAGGCCUUGAGGACUGUUCUGAAGAACCGGGCCCCAGAGGCCAGGCCUCCAAGGGUGCAGACUUGA